AUGGAUGGCAUGAGUGAAUACAGAAAUAGCGUUGAAUUCAAGAAAAGGGGAGAGUCAUGGGUUCCUCACCGUCGAAAAUCAGCUUUGGAGUCCUUAGGAUACACCCUGGGAGAAACCAUCGGGGAAGGGCAAUAUUCCAAAGUGAAGAAGGCCUACACUAAGGUGACCCAAAACUGUGUUGCCGUCAAACAGCUGAGUAAGCAACUUGCUCCUCGCGAUAUCGCUACCAAGUUUUUUAGCCGGGAAUUCGCUUGCCUCAAGAAAGUCUGCGGUCACCCAAAUAUCAUUGCAGUUUACGAUGCAGUGGAAACUGACAAGACCCUGUAUUUUAUCAUGGAGUAUGCCCCAAAUGGUGAUCUACUGGAUUUCAUCAAUACCCAUGGUCACCUGGAGGAGGAAGAAGCCAGGACAGUCUUCAAGCAGCUGAUUUCAGCAAUUGCUUUUUGUCACCAGAAAGGUAUUGCUCAUCGAGAUAUCAAAUGUGAUAACAUUUUGUUGGAUGAAAAAUAUAAUGUCAAAUUGACAGAUUUUGGAUUCAGUACAUUGAUGCCACGCAGCGGUUUCAUGCAGACUCACUGCGGUUCAUACGUGUACACCGCACCUGAGAUUUUAGAAGGUGUCAAGUAUGAUGGUCAGAAAGCCGAUAUAUGGAGUAUGGGUGUUGUUUUAUACUCUAUGCUGUGCGGACGUCUGCCCUUCAAGGAUACUGAUCUCACCGUGUUGUUGGCGUCCAUGCGAGAAAGAGUACAUUUCCAUAAUAGAGUGUCUAAAGAUUGCCGCGAUAUUGUACGUGCUAUGUUGACACUUGACCCUGAUCGAAGAAUAACAUUGGAACAAUUAGUAUCUAUGGACUGGUUGACUCAACCAAUUGACAGGUCUACACUGUCCCAUGGGUCUCCUGCUGCUUCUCUUUUAUCUAUUGGUUCCACUGAUAGUGUCAUUGUUGCCAUGACUAAUUUGAAUGCGGAGCAUGGAUUGUCAUGUUCCCAGCAUGUCUACAAGGGUGCUAAGCCAACACUUGUCAGUGAUGUACUGAAAGCAGUGGCAGUCAGACACAGUGCUGGUGAGUGUCAGGAACAGCUGUUCCCCCAGCAUGUCAGCUCCCAUGUGUCAAAGACUGGACUCGUUGGACCUGCUGCACGGCGUAUUAGUGUCCAGAUCAGCCAGCAACAAUUAAACCAUAGAGUACAUCAUGUUGCACCUGUCGCUAAGGGCAAUCAGCUUCGUCGAAUGAGCCUUGGAAUUGGAGUUGUUCAGACCCCACAGGAAUGUAAAGCUGCUCUGCGUCGUGGAAGCGUGGUUACUGGUAACUCCCAGAUCCACAUGGCACCUGCAGCUCUAAUGGACUCCGUCACUCGUUUGCGAGAAAACCAAAUUGAGAAGGAAAGGCAACAUCUUCGCUUCAGCCUCUCAUCUAAGGCUGCUAAAUCCGCCGGAGGUAAACGUAAGAAGGAUGCUGAAUGCACACGUAGAACGUCCUUGGUCACGGAUGCAAUGAAAGCUGGUACAAUUGGAACAGAGCAUGAGCAGGCUGAGAGGGAACUGAUUGCUAGAUUCAUGACAAAGUUGGCUCACUGUGGUUACUAUGAAUAAUUUCUUGAUUCAUGAGUUGGAUCACAUAUGUGACUUAUACUAUAAUUAAUUCCUUGUUCUAGAAUUAUUCAUUUCAGUCUCUGAAUGAUUACCAUAGUAAUAUAUGAAAUAAAGUAUAAUCUGUUGU